AUGAGAAUCAUCCAAAGACCUCUAGGACGAAAGUACUUACUGCGUUUGUUGCAAGAGCUUUAUCUUCCUCUACGAACGACAUCACUUAGUAUCAGACAUCAUCAAGUGAAGGCGUUUAUAUGUUGAUGAACCUGAGUAGGAUUUUAGAGGGCGAUUUUCCAUUCUUCGAAACAAGGGCACUACUGACCCGCGCGAAAUGCGCGCGCAAGACCCGACGGAACUUGCGGCGCUCCGGCCUGACUGCCCGUACACAACGGCGGUCACCUCCUGGACACAUUGGGUGGCCCUGCCUCCCGCGCAAGCUUCAACUGCACAAAGCCUCAGUGCUGACCAGCAGCCGGCCCGCCGGGUGUAUCAUACCUACGCCCCUGAGCUGGAAUCGGAUCAGGGAGCCGACCGACAAUUUGCGCCACCGGCUGCGCAGUGUCCCCCCUGGGCUAUGGAAGCGGUCAAGACCCUAGAGAGUGCAGGCUGGAGCCGGCACCAGGUGCAGCGCCUCCAAACCUACCGCCCCCAGGUGGGGCGGCUAGAGAACUUGCGGGUGCACACGCAUGAGCUCGCCGGAACCAGAGAUGAACUAGUGGCGCGCUACAAGUUCACCGGGGCGUGCGACGGGGCACACCUUGCAGCAACAGGGCGCGGGGCCUCGGCUGCCUACCUUCACAGCAGCCGCGAAGCGAGGGUGCUUACAGGAGCUUGGGGCGGGAACAAAAGCUCCUACCGCCCGGAGUUCACGGCCCUCAUGGAUCUGCUCGGCCUCGCCAUCCAGGCCGCCGCCGAAGAAGAUACGGCCGCUCAAGAAUUACUUCUUUUGUCCGACGCACAGGCAGUCCUCGCCCGCAUUAAAACGCUUGCGCAGUGCGGCGGGCUGGCUACGGAUGCAGAGUGCGAGAUGCUGGCCCGCCUGGAGCGGGUCAGUCGGCUCUACAAAUGCAUCAGGAUCCAGCAUGUGUACGGCCACACCGAGGUCACCCACAACGAAGUCUCGGACGCCUUGGCUGACCACGCCGCCGCCCUCGGUCCCGCGCCAGCUGAGUGGCCACAGGCACCGACCCUGGACGACGUGAAAGGAUUAGUCAAGGCGGAACUAGACAGGCAAGAAGUGGACGCCAUGCAGUCGCUGAAGCGGGCGGCCCCGUCCGUCAGUGGCAGCCUCUGCAGUGUCUUCCUCCCGGACCGCCCGGCCUGCAAGAAACUGCACAAAGAACUAAGCGCGCAGGGCGAAAGUCGCGAGGUUCAAGUAACUGCGGCAAGCCUACUAGGCGCCACCCGCUUCAAGCAACUCACCCCGGCCGGGCUUCUCGGCCGUAUUUGUCCCAAGUGCGACGCCGUUGCGGACACGCCGGCCCACUUCCUAGAGUGUUACGAAGUCGGGGACCUUGGCGGGCUAUCGGACCCGCAGCGCCUGGCGCGCCUGUUCUCCUACGUCACAUACGGAACGCGCGCACACCAAGACGGGCGGCGCCGUGCCGCCGGCGGCGGCGACGCAGCCGGGCCACCGCCGCCCCAGCACAGGGGCAAUUUUUGAGCACGUAGGGCAUUUUGCCACCAUGAACGUACAGCCGUCACUCCUUCUGGCCUGGUGCCAGUCGCACGUGGUGCCGCUCAGGCAGCGUCUCCCUACACACCGUAGUAUAGUCAUUCUGUGCUGCGCACCAGGAGUGCGCCCUCUGAUUGAUGAAACUAUAAGGAACCAGCGCAAGAGCCGGCCCGCCAUGGUCACACCCUCCAGCGCGAUGCUCUCCUCCAGCCUCACGUCUAGAUGUCGCGUUGCGUAGGUGGGUUUCGUUUCACUGUGCUUCCACAACCUCGUUGUUCAGUGGGUCGCUGCCAGAACAGCAGGAUCAAAGAGCGAGCACCGCGUCUGUUUGAAACAAGAGUGGAUCAAAUAAAUAAAAAAAUAAAAAUUUUCCAUUCUUCGAAACCAGGGCACUACAGCUAGUAUGAAGAGGAGGACGAGUUUGGUGCUAUUGUAUUAUUGGGCAAACCGCUAAUAGUACUAAUAUCGGAACCAAGCCGAUGACAAAAAUGACACGACUUCUUUGUUGUGACUUUGUUCUUUGACACAAAUAAACAUUCGCACGAGAACAGUACUGGCAAGAAUGAUCGCAGAAGUAGUCUACUUCGCGUCGUCGAAGAUGAAAAGCAAAAAUGUGGUCACGACUGACGGGCCGGCCACGUGAUUUAUUGCAACCGCGAUCGGUUUCUCUACUUCGAUCACAAGUAGCGCUUCGCUGCGACUUUGGUAAAAGUGGUUGUGGUUCUUGUGUAUUAGAGGCCCCAUUUUCUUCUAC